AUGACCAAAACGCAAAAACCAAAAACUUUAACUACUAAAAAGCGAACUCCAGCAUUUGUAAAACUUUCGAAGUCGGAUAAACCAGAACCUCCUAAGAAGGAAAUCCGCGAGAAACCAACAUUGCAACCUAUCCCUAUUCAAGUCACCGCAUCUAAUGAAACCGCGUCUCGAACCACGACUAACUCACCAAGAAAUCAAGAAAAACCUUGCAUAAUUUCAAAGCCUCCUCCUAUUCAUGUGAAAUCUAAACCAGAGCAGAUGAACAACCCUCCUCUACUCGAACCGAAAAUCGUUCUGAAUCCACUAAUGCCAAUUCAUUACAACGCCAAACGAAUGAUGAAAUUACUCCAUUAG